AAAGAAUUGAAUAAUGGUAAAAACAAUGAUGAAGAUGAUGGUAAAAAUAAUAAUAAAAAUAAUAGUAAAAGCAAUAGUGAAAACAAUAGUGGAAGCAAUGGUAAAACAAUAGUGGAAGCAAUGGUAAAAAUGAAAAGAAUAAAAGUGGAACUAAAACUUUUAGAAGAUUAUAAAAAACAAAGUUUAGUAGUUUAA